GCUCCGCACUCGCUCGCUGAGCGCGCUCUCUCUCUCUCUCUGGGCGUCCGCUCCGACAGCCACUUCUCUCCAUGCCGCCGCUGAGCUCCGACGCGCCGUCGAGGACUUACGGCCCCAAGAUGGGCUCCCCGAAGAAAACAGGGGAGGCCACGCAGCUGAGAAAGAGCCUCAAGCCGCUGAUGGAGAAGCGUCGCCGGGCGCGCAUCAACGACAGCCUCAACCAGCUGAAGACCCUCAUCCUGCCUCUCAUCGGGAAAGACAGCUCUCGCUAUUCCAAGCUGGAGAAGGCUGACAUCUUAGAGAUGACUGUCCAGUUCCUCAAGGAGCUUCCAACGCCUUGCUCUUCCGUCUCUGGCUCCGCAGACAGUUUCUGUGACGGCUACCACACCUGCCUGUCUCGCCUUGCCACCCUCCUUCCUAAAUACAACUUCCUGAACCGUGAGGCCUGCAGCACCCUCCUUGGGCAUCUCCAGCAGGCCUUUGCACAGCAGGGCUGGCUUCGGGACUGUUCCAGCCCAGCAGACUUGUCCAAAGAGCCAGGCUUGGAGAGGCCCCCGGGCCCACCUAGAAGGGCCCAGGAAGCCCCUUCACCACAAACAGCACUCUGGAGACCUUGGUAGAGCCACAGAACGUCUCGGGUUAAAACUGAGAGCCCUGC